AUGGAGUUAAAACGGCGACUGUUUCUUUACACCAUCAUCUUUACUUUCUACGUCAGUGGAUUCAUACCUUCUGGUGUUGUGUUUAAGUUAAUCUUACACGGCGGUUUUAUAAAACCGUCGUCUUUUCAAACACAACGACUGUUUUCCGUUAAACCGUCUUUCUUGACGGGGCGUUUGGCCAAGUGGGCGUUACUUCUCAAUCAAUACGAGAUUAUCUACACUUCAGCAAAGGCGGUUAAGGGUCAAGCUGUUGCAGACUUCCUAGCCGAUAUCCAAUUCCAGCAGACUGUGAGAUUUCAGAUGACUUACCCGACGAACAAGUCUUCUUUGCUGACGUUUCUCUUGCUUAGAAUGUUCUUUGACGGAUCAGCUCGAAUAGAUGGGGCAGGGGCUGGAGUAGUCUUCAUAUCACUCGAGAGAUAUGUACUACCUUAUUCAUUCUUCUUAAGCGAGCUUUGCUCAAACAAUGUCGCAGAAUACCAAGCUUUGAUCAUGAGCUUGCAAAUGGCUAUAUAG